AUGUUGGACUCUGCAUCUCCACUAUCAUCGCCUUCAUACCAAACUAUGUCCGCCCCCCUCGUCUUCAUCACCGGUGCUACCGGUUUCAUCGGCAGCGCCACUGCUCUUGAAGCUCUCAAGGCAGGAUAUCGUCUUCGAAUUGGCGUCCGCAAAAUAUCAGAGAAGCUGGAAGAUGUGUUAGCAGAAUAUCAUGAUCAGCUGGAUUUCGUCACCAUCCCAGACUUGACCAGUAAAGAUGCGUUCCGGGGCAAGCUUGUUGGAGUGGACUUUGUCCUGCAUCUUGCAUCGCCCCUUGCCCGUGGCACAGACCAGAAUGCUAUCUUCACUCCGGCGGUGCAAGGGACCUUGGCCUUGCUCGACGAGGCGGCCACAGUGCCAAGCAUUAAGAAGGUUGUGAUCACUUCGUCGAUCGCUUCCUUGAUCCCUAUCACGGGCCUGCCCGAGGGCGGCAUCAUCAAAGAGGAUAAUGAUUGGGAUUUCAACGUGGAUCCCAAGGGGAAUUUUGUUGAUCCCAGUAACCCUGGUGCGACACCAAUGACUCUAUACCGAGCGUCCAAAUUGCUUGCAAACAAAGCCACCUGGGAGUUCCGGGAGGCCGCAAAGCCGCAUUACGCGCUGGUCACCAUCCAUCCCGCUUUUGUGUUCGGAACCAAUAUCAUGCAGAGCUCCGCCGAAGAAGUCCAAACAGGUUCCAAUGGCAUUCUUUGGGGUGGUGUGAUGGCAGGUGCUAUUUCGGGUGGAGUCUCAGGAGUGCACAUCCAAGAUGUUGCCGAAGCCCACGUCAAGGCCCUGAACCCGAAGAUCAAGGAUGGCUCUAAGUAUCUGCUUGCCGCGCCGCGAACCACUUGGAAGGAUAUUGCUCGCAUUGCACUCCAGGCUUACCCCAAUGUUGGCGCCAAGAUCACAGAGGAUGUUGAAAGUACUCCUGCCUUCCCCACAGACACCACCAGAGCGGAAGUUGAGCUUGGAAUCAAAUGGCGAUCUUGGGAAGAUAUGGUGCGAAGCGUGAUGGAUCAGCAGCUUGGCUUCUUGCAAGGCUAA